AUUGUAUUUAUACAAUAAAUUAUAAUCUAGUCAUAAUUAUUCUAUUUAUAGGUAACAUAAGUGUCUACUAUGAUAUAAUAUUACACUAAUUUGUAGUUAUUAUAGGAACAUAUGCAGUAAGAAUCCUCAUAUUGUCUUUCAUCAAGUCUAUACGUUUGGAAAGCUAGGAAUAUUAGGAUUAAGUAGUGGUGUGAUCUGAGUGAAUACUUAUCGACCGACACUUCAUACAAUUUAUAUAUUUAUUAUUGUUAGUUUAUCUAUUUUUAUUGUUAUCAGAAUUUUAUACACUCAAUAAAAAUUAUUUUUUUAUAAUAAUUUAAAUAUCGUAUAUACUGUUAAUUUGUAUACCUGAUAAUGUUCUUAAAUUAAAAUUUGAUAAUAGGUCUAAGGUCAAUUGUGAGUUGAUUUUUGUUUCUAAUACUCAAGGUUACAAGUAACAACACAAUUUUCUGUGUUGUGCGUGGGCCAAUGAGAGUAAAAAAAUAGUACGCUGAAAUCCUCCUAUAAGAAAUACAGUUACCUGUAAUUGAUGAACAGUUACACAUUAAGAUAAGACACGUUAUUAAUAUUGUUAGACGUCCACUGUCUAAUCAUCAUUACCUAUAGUAAUUUCAAUUGGCAUAAUAAUAUGGCAAAUUGAUACACUUUAAAUAUCGCUGAUAACCAACAUUAAUUUGUCCGGCAAAAUAUGUGUUGGAUUUUAGGUUUUGUAGCAUUAUUUCAGUCUUUAGUAGUACGGCAGUCUAGUUAGUUAUUUCUGCAGAAACUGGUGUUAUUCAAUUAAUGUUAUUAUAUACUUACGAUGUCUUAUAGCUUAUGCAUUUGGUUUUUUAUUUCAUAUUAUGAGUGAAAUCGGUGAAACACUUUAUCCUUCGAAUUAAGACUUUAGACUGAAUUUAUUUUGAAGUAUAAAAAAAUUAAUGUUUAUGAAAAUAUACAAGCAAUAUUAUUAUGUCAAUUAUGUAACGGCGAAAAAUGUAUGGUAUCUGGUACACUGAAGUUAUAAUUUCAGAAUAUACGCAUAAAGAUGGUUGUAAAAUGGAUUUUUAUUGCUGUCGUGCUGUACUUAGAUUUGGUACACUGCGUAGCACAGGAGUUGGAAAUAACUAAAGGCGUGAUUAAAGGACAAAUUUUGAAAUCUCGAAAUGGGCGGUCUUAUUAUUCUUAUACCGGAAUACCAUAUGCAAAACCACCAAUCGGAGAACUUAGGUUUAAGGCGCCAGUACCGGUGGAACCAUGGAACGGCAUAUUGGACGCUACGAAAGAAUCAAAUAUAUGUAUUCAACAGGGAAGCACGGACGGUGAGGAAGACUGUUUGUAUUUAAAUGUAUAUUCUCCAAAAACGAAUAAAAAAUCGUUACCAGUCAUGUUUUGGAUUCACGGAGGAGGAUUUACUUGGGGCCACAGUAGGUCUGGUCUAUACGGGCCAGAUUAUCUUAUGGACAAGGAUGUGAUAUUGGUAACAAUACACUAUAGACUUGGUAUAUUCGGAUUUCUGAGCGCCGAAGAUGAUGUGAUACCCGGCAACUACGGAGUAAAAGAUCAAGUAGCCGCAUUACGUUGGGUGCAGGAAAACAUAGUGCAUUUUAACGGUGAUCCUAAUCGAGUGACAAUUUCUGGUGGAAGUUCAGGAGGUGCUAGCACAGGAUAUCAUAUGUUAUCGCCGAUGAGUAAAGGUCUUUUUCAUAAAGCCAUACUUCAAAGUGGUGCACCGGUUUGCAAGUGGGCCGUUUUACCUCCUGGAAUUCCUCGUAAACGCGCCCAUGCAGUGGCAACUAUUUCAGGGUGUAAUUUCGAUACAUCCGAAGACAUAUUGCAAUGUUUAAGACAAGUUCCAGCUCAAUAUUUGAUAGAUCUUCAUACCAAAUUAUUCACUUGGAUUGUUUAUCCUUUCGUUUUAUUCAAUCCUGUGGUUGAGAACUGUAAUACUGGUCAAGAAGCAUUUCUUUGUCAUCAUCCAAUAUAUGACUUUCAUCAAGAGUCGUUCGUACCAGCUAUUGUUGGCUUAAAUUCAGCCGAAGGAGGUUUGUUUGUUGCUGCUAUGUACAACAAUACGUCAUUAAUACAUCCAGAACUUCGUACGGAUUUUAAUCGUUUAAUAUCAAUAAUGAUGAAUUAUAAUUAUUAUACAGAACCUGAAAACAUUGACGAAAUUGGAGAAAAAGUGGUUAAAAAGUAUUUCCCAUCUGGAGGUAUAGAUGAUCAUUCGCAUAUUAACGCUGUUAAAAUGUUCACCGAUUCAUGUUUUACAGAAUGUGUUAUUGAUAUGGCAUAUAAAUUGUCAUCUCCCGUGUAUAGUUAUUUUUAUAACUAUCAAAAUGAAUUUUCUUAUAAUAAAGCGUUUGGCUCAUGUGAGAGACCCUUAGGAGUCACCCAUGGCGAUGAACUAAAUAGUAUUUUCAAAAUGAAUAGCUUAAAUCCAAACGAUUUAAACGAAAAAGAUCUCGAAGUUUCGAAAUUAGUUAUUAAUAUUUGGUAUAAAUUCGUUACAUCUGAUAUUCCUACCAUCGAUGGAUUAGAAAAUGGUUUACCUUGGCCUGAAUUUACAAACACAAACCAAUCGAUGAUCCUAUUCAAUUCAAGUCAUCCCAGUCUUAUUCAAAAUCCAUGUAUGGAUGCCUAUGCAUUUUGGAAAAAACUUACAUAAUUCUAUAAACAAUGCCUGUUUCCGACAAUAAUCAAAACAAUAAAACAAUUGAAUAUUUUAAAAAUCAACCGAUUAGAAAUUUUUUUACAGUACAAUUUUUUUAUGGUGUCUACCUAAUUGGCUAAAUGAAAAAAUUUGGUAUUUUAAUUUAAAGUACAUACAUUGAAUAUGUUUUUAUGUAUUUGUUGAAAAUGUCACGUAAAUCAAUGGAGUAUUUGUGGUUAUUCAAGAAAAUAAUAUUUGAUAUCUUUAAGAAAUUAAUUAAAUAUUUUUUUAUCAAAUUAUAUAAAUAUAUAUUGUCCAUAGGUGUUA